CGUUAAAGAGAGGGAGGGUUCAUUCUAAAGGACUGAACGUAACUUCCUACGUGGCGAUGACAGGGGGAAAUUGCACAGUGGCUGAUCAACAAAGGAGAGGACAGUAUUAUGAUCCGAGGAACAGCAUAUAAAAUGUUGUUUACACCUUGGAUGACAUGUCGAGAGCUUGAGGAGAGGAGGAGACCGGAGGACGCAUCCAAGUUUUGGGUGAUGGCCUUCUGUGUUCCGCUAAGAGCCAUGUUCCCAAUUGCGGAUGCUAUCGAGCAAAGCAUGGGAAAGAUCAUUAACGCAAUCCCACCUCAGCCUGAUCCUACACGGCCUAAACUGAUGAAUAUGAAAUUUGAGUUGGCUCCAGAGGCGGAGGGAGGUUUUGCUCCUCUGCUCCCGCUGCGGCUAGAUGACGGGGAGAAUAUUAAUGUGGAGCUAGUAUGUAAGCACACGCCCUGGUGUGACAGAUGCAAGUGGUGGAACCACACGGCGACGGAUGGUUGUCCUAAAUUGGUUCAACAACAGGAGGGAUGGGAUGCAGAGGGAGAUACAGGAGAUAACUUUCCUCAGAGGAACAGACAGCAGCUUCCUUCAAGCAUAUUGGGUGGAAUCAAGGAAGCAGCGAAGGAUCUGCCUGUGGAAAUUCCACGACAUACGAUGGCGGAAUCGUCCAUUCGAGCUGCCUCUAGAGCACAGGUGCCCCGAGGUUCAGGGAGAAUGGGUCAUGACAGGAGAACCUGGUUGCAGCAGCCUCAGGGACUGAUGGCGCACCAACAAAUGAAUGGGGUUCUACAGCAGCAAGGCAUGCCAGCGGUCCCAGGAUACCAAGCUGGUCCUUCAGGGGCAGGAUUUGUUCCUUACAUACCAAGUAUGGUAGCGACAGAUCACCAAGGUUUUGGACCAGGAAUCCCAGGAAUACAAAAUUAUCAAGGGAUCUGGAAUGCCAUGGGGGAGCAGGCUUGGCAAUCAUCCAUCUUGGCGGCAACAGAAAUCCUCUCCGCAGAGAUGCUGGGACAGACGCCUACUCCAGAGAACUUGCAAAACUUGCAAAAUCCAGGACAGGCACGUGGACAAGAAUUAACCAGAGAUCUAGUGGUGGUACAGGAAGUACGUGGAGACGUAAGCGGGGCAGACGAAGAUCAAGGAAGGCAGCAGUUGAAGGAUAGGAGAAUGCGAGGAGACUGCGUUUGAAGAUCAUAAGGAAAGGAGUUAGUGAUGUGCAUGGGAGGUGAUGAGAAUAAUGGACAGACAGCAGAAGAAGAUCAAGAACAGGAAGGGACGAAGGAAUGGUGGGGGAAGAAAUUGUGGGUGACUCUCCCCUUAACAUUCAUGACGGAGUUGUCAGUUUAAUGGGAGAAGACCAACAAAUGAUGGACCAUUUG